AUGGCUUCUUCUUCGGCUCAGCAACUCUCAGCAGGACCUGCUCAUUCAAAGGCGGGAGGUGAAGUCUGCCCUAUCUAUAGUCGGCCUGGUCAGGGUACCUCAGGAGACCGCAUCCAGUUGGUGGUGAAUUGGUAUCGGUUGAACUGCCGUCUUGAGGGAAGGAAAGUGCAUUUGUAUGAAGUGGGCAUUCAAAAGCUGGAGAGACCCAGAAGACGAGGCAAACCCCCCAAACGAGGUGUGGUAAAAUCUAGAGAUAGAGUUCGCCUGGUUUUCUGGCAAUGCAUGAGAGAUUAUGAGGAUGUCUUUGGACCGUACAUCGAAACCAUAUUUGAUGACUUCGAGAAGGCAUUUUCUUUAAAUUACUGGCAGUUAAACGCUGAACGAUGUACGUUUAAUGUGAAAUGUCAGGACGAUGAUCGCUCAAGCGACUUAUCCGACUUUGAGGUCUCGAUAAAGUACCUGUCAGAUUUUAUUUUCAAAGUCGAUAGCGACGAUAUUCGACAAAGCAGCUACUCUACAUUACUAACUAAAUGUCUUUUCACUCAACGUGCACGAUAUGCUCCUCCUAGCCGAGAUCCAGUAAUGGCAUUCAUCAAUAGAUGGGAUGUUUGCUAUGGCUCCAUCUAUUACAUCCCACGUCAAGAGGGAGAUCCAAAGGUAAUUGUUGGACCAGGUGUUCGAGCAUGGCUUGGCGUUUAUGCUUCCGUAAAAACGUUACAGAAUUCGAGUCCUGCUCUUGCUUUUGGACUGGUGAACCGAUUAUUCUAUGAGCUGAAAAUGGACAUAAUUACUUUUUACUGUGAAGUUUUAGAAGAGCUGAAUUUGCUUGGAAAAAAAAGAGAAACCUGGAGGAACACUCUUAAGGGGAUGGGUAUGAACGAAAUACAAAGAACGCGUAUGACAGAUCGUCUGAAAGGAGUUCGACUGAAAACGGAUAGAUUCUUAAUACGCGAUAGAGAUGGCUCCUAUCGCUUUGGAGAGCGGCACCUAAUAUUUGAAGAAGUGGCCGGAUUCACUGCACGCAACUAUAGAAUGCCCGGUGGUGGGACGACUAUGGACCAUAUAUAUUAUUGUUUGAGUAGUACGCUUGAGUUUCCUCAGCUGCCAUUAUGUAAAGUGCGUGCUGGCCCAAAGAUUUUUUUAUUACCAAUGGAGGUAUUGUUUAUCCACGAAAAACCUCAAAGAUACACGAAAAUGAUGGGCAAUUUUAUGCGAACUAAAUUUAUCAAGGGCGUGUGUCGAUCGCCUUCAGUUCACAAAAGACUCACUGACCAAUUAUUCGAUAUGAUGGAAUUCGACAGCAGAAACGUUAAUUUUGUGCAUAAUUUCAUGUUUGACAUUGCUCCGGAGAUGAUUGGUUGCAACGGACUUGUACUGAAUGCUCCAACUGUUAUAGACAAAGCACGGAAAAUUUUCGAAAGAAACAGUGUUCCUAUGACAGAGCAAAGAGCAAUAAAACGGAAAGAACUCAAUGAGCCUCCCGACGGUGAACUUCAUUGCGUAAUUAUUAUUAUGGCGAGAGAAGCAGGAAUUGGUUCUGAUGUGGAAUGUAGAAACGUUUGCGAUCGAGAUUCGGUCAUAUUAUUUUUCAAUGAUUUAAUGGAAAAAUGCCGUGAACGUGGUUUGAACGUUGCAUCUCAGCCACUUAUUCAGAUCUUUGAAAGUACCACAGCUGAUAAAUUUGAAGAACGUGUUGAGAGCGCUAGAAACUGUUUCCUUGCUCUACAGAAUGGUUCACAACGAAAGAUCCUUUUAUUACUUAUUAUAAACGAUCGCACAGAUACGCACGAUCACCUUGAAGGGAAUUACGGUUUGAUAAAAGCUGUUUGCGACAAUAAAUAUGGCAUCGCCAGCCAGGUGGUAGAUGCUUCCACUGUGAGUAACGCCAUUGCUGCAAAGAAAAAGACCGUCUACUACAACAUUGCCUUGAAGAUCAAUGCCAAAUUGGGCGGAGUUAAUCAAGCUGUUGUUCUAGACGUCCAAUCGGGAACAGCAGAGGUUUCAUCGAAGGAUGCUGUGAUGUUCGUUGGGAUAGAUGUUACGCAUCCAACCAGCGAUAGUGGGAUAGAUAUUUCGAUUGCGUGUAUGGUGGCGAGCUUUGAUUUGGCCGCUACUAGAUAUGCGAAUGAGAUCGUUGCCCAAAUGAAGCCCGGAGAGACUGUUGAGCGCUUUCAAGGACAAUUUAUCCGGCUUAUGACGAAAUUUCGUGAGCGCACGGGUGUAUGGCCUCGCCAUAUUGUUUUGUUUCGAGAUGGUGUCAGUGAUUCAGAAAUGUUGCGCACUACUUUCUUAGAGCUGAAAUGCAUCAGGGAUUCGUGGAAAAGAAUAACCGUUGGAGAUGCAGAUUUGGAGCCAACAUAUACAUACAUUGUUCUACAAAAGCGCCACCUCACGCGAUUUUAUCAACCAGCAAAGGAUGAGCAAGGAAAGGAAACGUACGUGAAUGUACCAUCUGGAACCGUUGUGGACAAUACAGUAGUUUCACCCAAAUUCUUCGACUUCUACUUGGCUUCACAAUUUGGUGCUAUUGGCACAACACGUCCAGCUCACUAUACUGUUGUUGUUGAUGAAUGGGGCCUUAGUGCGGACCAGAUCUACGAAAUGUGUUAUCGGCUUUGUUUUCUUUACGCUAGGUGUCGAAUUCCUGUUUCACUUCCAUGUCCUGUUUACUAUGCUCAUAUCGUGUGCGAAAAAGCGAAAGAAGUUUAUAAAGCCUUGUGCAGAAAUCAUGAGUUUGACACAGUGGAAGAUGCAUUGAAGAAAAUUCGAAUUGAAGAACGACUUAGUGUGCAUCAGGAGUAUCCUGGUAUGCAUUUUGUUUAA